AUGAGUGCUUCGGGCCUCUGGACCGUGGUGGGCGGCGCUGACCGGGGUGGCAUCAUUGUCCGGGCGGAACGAGGCUUGGACUCUUCCGUGGCGGGCCAACGCUUAGCCACGGGAGCGAAGGUGAAGGGCCUGGAGUGUUUCGAGGGCCGCAUGCGCUACGAGCUUCUCGAGGGCCAGGGCCCGUCAGAGGGAUGGGUGACCGUCUCUCUGAAGGACAAGGACUUGCUGGUCAGAGUCCAGGAAGUGACAGGGGAGAAGGAGGCAGACAGCGAGGAUUCCACAAGUGACGGUGACAGUCAAAAUGCACCAUAUGUGACAAGUGGCGACAGCGACAGGGAGAGCCCAAAGGCCAUGAUCUUAAAUCUUGCAUAUGCGGAAGCAAACAUGAGUAACAUGAGGGUCAAGAUAGACUUUACAUCUUUCAAGUGGGCCACCAGCACCUGGCAGAAUGGCCUGUCGAGUGACAAGAUCAGCAAGGACGAGAAGGCCAACCUGACCAAUACAAUGGUGUCAGCUGAGAGUCUUAGGUCUUACGCUUCGUGUUGGAGCUCGUCCCCACGGCAGAUCAUUCUGCAAACCUGCCCUCCUGUGCAGGAAGCAUUGCGCCUUUACAAUGCCAAAUUUGGGGAGUCGCGCGAUGGGUCGCGCCAAAGCUACAACCGCAAGGACCGACACGGCCGUCAGGUCUUCGUGCGUCUUCGGUAG